GCAUCUAUACGACAUGGUGGCAGCGGCAACAACAAUACUACAACGAAAAUAAAAGGUGUUGCUGUGGUGAUAUCAUUCAGAAUGGCUCCUCCUCUUCCUCUGAUCUUUCUGCUCAUGAUUCACAGGGUUUCUAGUUCUGACUGGGGUGUGAACUACAGUCAUUUAUACAUCUGUGCACUAAAGAACUCAUCAGUGAUAAUGAGCUGCAAUUAUACAUACCCUACUGGAUACAAGAUCGAGAAAGUGUUCUGGACCAAAAACCCUGUAAACUGUGAAAACUCUCCAGAUCUGUCUGAGGACCCUGAAUAUAGUCAGAGGCUUCAGUAUCUGGGAGAUAAACAGCAGAACUGCACCAUCAGACUGAGUCAUGUGACACAGAAGGAUUCACACAUGUACUAUUUCAGAUUCACUACUGAUAAACCUGAUGGAAAAUGGACUGGUAAACCAGGAGUGAAUCUUACUGUCACAGAUCUUCAGGUGGAGGCUCCUGAGAGUGUGACAGAGGGUCAGAAUGUCAGUCUGACAUGUAAAAGCAGCUGCGCUUUGACUAACAGAGCAACAUUCAUCUGGUACAGAAACUCACAGCCAUUAACUGAGAGAAGAGACAGAAACAAUCAACUCCUGCUGCAGUCAGUCAGAAGAGAGGAUGCAGGCAGAUACAGCUGUGCUCUACAUGGACACAGUUACACAUCACCACCCUCUGCUCAUCUCAGUGUUAUGUAUCCUCCAAAGCACCCAUUUGUAGCAGUGACUCCAUGUUGUCAACUAGUAGAGGGUAAUUCAGUGAAUCUGAGCUGCAACAGUGAUUCAUACCCUCCUGCUCUGAACUUUAGCUGGUUUAAAGGAGGAACAUUUGUAGGAUCUGGAAGAAUCUACAGCAUCUCAAAGAUCAGCUCUAAUCACAGUGGAGAAUACAAGUGCAAGUCCAUUACUGAACAUGGAGAGAAAUACUCUGAUGCUGUGACUUUAAAUGUUAUGUGUGUAGGAUGUCCUGUGAUAUUGUACAUAUCUAUUGGAAUGGUUUGUGGAGCUGCAGUUGUUAUCAUGAUGGUGUUGAUUUGGGUGAAAAAGAGAAAAGACACACAGGAGUCUCAGAUGAACUUGUCCAGACCUCAUCACAACAUAUGUCAAGCUUCUGAUGUGAAGUUGACUGAAUCUGUAUAUGAAAAUGAAAUGGCGAAGCAGGAUGAAGAAGAGAAAAGACACACAGGAGUCUCAGCAAAGAUGAAUCAGUCCAGAACUUAUCACAACAUAUAUCAAGCUUCUGAUGAGAAGUUGACCGAAUCUGUAUAUGAAGAUGUAACGUCAGGGGAAGCUGCAAAGCAUUAUCACUUCCUUAUUGAGGAGCGUCUCGCUGCAGCCUGUGGUGGACAUCCAACCCGGCCCACAUCCAAGUGUGACGUCACAGACCACGCCCAUGUCAAAAUAUGUCACAUUCUCAUU